GGGCCGCCAAACGGGGUUCGGAGCGGGGCGGCGCGCGUCCCUGGCCCGGCCUGGCCUAAAGGGGCGGGGCGCCGAUCGCUUGGGGCGGCCCAGCUGUGGGAGGGAGUGGCUACACUUGGGAGCCCAGGGCGGAGGCCGGGAGCCCGGGCGGCGCCACCGCGGGCGGCGAAGGACUGGGACUUCCCAGGCAGGUCGGAGGGGCGUCAGGCCCUGGUGGGAGACGCACCGGGCCUGGAGGAGCAGGCCCCGCCCGGGAAGUGAAAGAGCGGAGCGUCCAGCGCCUCCCGCGGCUCAAGGCCCUGAGGAGCCGGGCGGGGGCGUCUUCGCGAAACGCAGGCAGCCUAGGACCAACGCGUUCCCUGCCGCCGGCGGUAGGGGCGGAGGCGUCUCACGGAGGCUCCUGCCUCCCUUGGUGGCCAGGCUGGCUGCUUUCGUGUCCUCUCGUGACAGGUGCUCGGUUGGUCUGUCCUGUCAGAGCGAGGUAUGAUCGUCGAGAUUUCGUCCACGGGCAGAGCGAGGCCGAGGGUUGGCGUCUGGGACUUUUCAGGAACCGGUGCCUUAAGGACUUCUUUGUAUGUAGAAAAGUCGGCAAAAACAAGGGCCCUGGGACCAGAGUGUCUCCCCAGCUCCCUUCCCUGGCUUGUCACUCAGGCUGACCUUGGGCUAGGCAUAGGCCUCCAGUUUCUAAUCUCACAGGGAGAUGGCUGCGAUUUAGUUUUGAGGGUGCUGCAGCCAGCAGCAGGGCUGGCACCGUGUCACAUGCACCUUGUUUCUUUGGUAGCGUUUGUGUGCACCUCUGCCUCUUGGAUGCUGCUUAGGCAGCUUUCUGUGCUUUGUCUGAGAAAUCUGUAGCCUUGCACCUUCCAAAUCUCACAUACUUAAGAUUUGGGUCUUUCCACAGUGGCUCUCCAGGAAGGAGGGAGAGGUCUAGACCAGUGGUAAGGGCCACCAAAGAUGAGAGUUGCUUUCUGUCAGGGGCCUCCGUGCUUGGUGACACUCUGGACAAUAGUAGUAUUUUGGGGAUCUUACAUUGAAGGCUUGGAUUUGGUAGGCCACAUCAUCUGGACUCAGUGCUCCCUGGGUCUCAAGUCUUUUCAGCCUGCCCUGUUGCUUACGAAACUAUGUGUGUGCUUCCAGCUCUUCUUUGUUGUGUUUUGUGGAGUCCAAGGGUAACCGUGCAGACCCUCUGUGAGGAAGGGAGGGAAGGGAACUGUGAUGUGAUUGCUUGACCCCUUGGAGCGUCCAGUCAACACUAAUGCUGACAGAGGUUGGUGGGGAGUGGUCUAGGCUUUAUUCAGGUUUCAAAGAAGGCUUUAUGAAGGAGCUUUGUAAUUUGGGAGGCCCGAAAUACCCGUGGGGGGCCCUGCAAGGCAACAGUCAUCUGUCAGAAGCACACCCAAGCAAGUGGCCUUCAUGGACAAGAAGACGGUAGUACUGCGCGAGCUGGUGCACACGUGGCCCUUCCCGCUGCUCAGUUUCCAGCAGCUGCUACAGGAGUGUGCCCACUGCAGCCGUGCCCUCCUGCAGGAGCGGCCUAGCACUGAGAGCAUGCAGGCCGUGAUCCUGGGGCUGACUGCCCGGCUCCACACCCCAGAGCCUGGGGCCAGCACACAGCCCCUCUGCAGGAAGCAUGCGCUGCGGGUGCUGGACAUGACAGGACUCUUGGAUGAUGGUGUGGAACAGGACCCUGGCACCAUGAGCAUGUGGGACUGUACUGCUGCCGUCGCCCGCACAUGCAUCGCCCAGCAGCAGGGUGGGGCCACGGAGCCUGGCCCAGCCCCCAUCCCAGUGGAGGUGCGUGUGGACCUUCGGGUAAACCGGGCGUCCUAUGCGUUCCUGCGAGAGGCGCUCCGAAGCAGCGUGGGCAGCCCGCUGCGGCUCUGCUGCCGGGACCUGCGAGCCGAGGACCUGCCCAUGCGCAACACCGUGGCACUGCUGCAGCUUCUGGAUGCAGGCUGUCUGCGCCGCGUGGACCUGCGUUUCAACAACCUGGGCCUGCGUGGCCUAUCUGUAAUCAUCCCACACGUGGCCCGCUUCCAGCACCUCGCCAGCCUGAGGCUCCACUACGUGCAUGGGGACUCAAGGCAGCCCUCCGUGGAUGGCGAGGACAACUUCCGCUACUUCCUAGCCCAGAUGGGCCGCUUUACCUGUCUGCGAGAGCUCAGCAUGGGCUCCUCACUCCUUUCUGGGAGGCUGGACCAGCUGCUCAGCACCCUGCAGAGCCCCCUGGAGAGCCUGGAGUUGGCCUUCUGUGCUCUGCUGCCUGAGGACCUGCGCUUCUUGGCACGGAGCCCCCAUGCUGCUCACCUCAAGAAGUUGGACCUGAGUGGCAACGACCUGUCUGGCAGCCAGCUGACGCCUUUCCAGGGUCUGCUGCAGGCAUCAGCGGCCACACUACUACACCUGGAACUCACUGAGUGCCAGCUCGCAGAUACCCAGCUGUUAGCCACACUACCCAUCCUUACUCGAUGCGCCAGUCUCCGCUACCUUGGCCUCUAUGGCAACCCACUGUCCAUGGCCGGCCUCAAGGAGCUGCUGCGGGACUCAGCGGUGCAGGCUGAGUUGCGUACUGUGGUGCACCCCUUCCCUGUGGAUUGCUAUGAGGGCUUGCCCUGGCCGCCACCUGCCUCUGUCCUGCUGGAGGCCUCUAUUAAUGAGGAGAAGUUUGCCCGUGUAGAAGCAGAGUUGCACCAACUGCUUCUAGCCUCGGGUCGUGCCCAUGUGCUCUGGACCACAGACAUCUACGGGCGACUGGCUGCGGACUACUUCAGCCUAUGACGAAGUAGCUCUGGGUGAGACACAGGCUGUCCUGCAGUCUCUUUGAGUAGGCAGGGCCUUUGCUGGGACCCCGCCCUGGAGGCCUGUCACAAAAGCACUUAUUUCUGGUUUCCUGCUGGGUCCACCUUGCUUCUGGGCACACGUUUAGGCCCCCCACCCCUGCUUUCUGCAGUGCCCCAUGCGAUUUGCCCUGCACUUGCUCCAUAAUUGGCUGAUUGUCUGUGGGCCCCAGGGCUGUGUGUCAGGCCUGCAUCACCCUGCUCAGUUUGGCUGCCCUCUGGAGUCCUGAUCCUUUGUGCAAAUGCUUUGGGAUCCCUGUUGUGAGUUGAGAGAGAUGAUGGUCCCUCUGGGCCUUUCCCAUCCCCUUAUGGAGAGCUCAGUGUUCUGGGGUUGAAGUUGGAAAGAGGCCUGAUUCAGGGAGGCUGGGGUCCCCAGGCACUCAGGCCUCUUAUGUGUUCCCUGCUCUGCCACCCAGCCACCCCAUUGGGAUGGGCUUGGGCUGGAGGGAGUCAUCAAGGUGCAAGUGUGCCUGGAACUUUAA